UCUGAUAAGUUUGAGCGUCGAAGCGGAAAGGAAAGCACUUUUGCGUGGAUUUUUUAAAAUUCUGCCUGGAUUUGCAGGAAUGGUUCACUGGAGCGUGCCGCGACCUCCUGCUUUUAGGAAACAACUUCAAGCAGCCCUGGUAUUGACAAUGCUUACCAAUUUUAUGUUUAUUUGAGGGGGGGAGGAGAUAAUGAGCAACCACAAGGGCGGCGGAAUGGCAUCAAAGGAAAGGCUGUAUGAGCUGUGGAUGUUAUAUUACACAAAGAAAGACGUGGGUUAUCUGCAGCAGUGGCUGGAGGCGUUUGUUGCGUCCUUCGAGAGGCUCAUUGAUGUGCAGUCACUGGAGCCUCGGAGGCUGGAAGAGUGCAGCUCUGAGGUGCCCUUGCUCCCCAGGGAGGUCCUGGUGUUCCUCAGCACUCAGCUAUGGCACAGUGCACUGCACCUCUCAGGCGCCGAGCACAACAGCAGCACCCCGCACCCGCUGCUCCUCAUCAAGUUCUUCAUUAUUGUCUGCAGGAAUAUGGAGAACAUCGACCCAGACAAGACCCCCAGUUUUAUUUUUGAAACUAUCAAGCUUUUAAAUUUCUGUCUGGAGCAGCUAAAGAAGGGACAAGAGGAGCAGUCGUCCCUGCAGUCAGUUGUGCUGUAUGGACUCGUGCUGUGUGAGAGUUUGUUUGAUCCAUAUCAGACAUGGAGGAGACGCCUGGCAGGGGAGGAGGUUAGCUUGCUGGAGAGGAACAAGUAUAAGUUCUCCCCGCUGGCCCUGCCAGAAGAGCUGCCUGCUCUUUUCCAUGAAAGUCUCCAGGAUAGUGAGCAGAUCCCAGAGCUCCUCACACUCAGACUGGUUCAUCUCCAGGGUGCUGUCAUCAGUGGAGGAAAGAAAAAUGGUCUUCUUUCCAUCACCCCUCACUCUGUUACGGACCUGUUCUCUGUUCUGCGAGCGUGGUGCUGCCGGACUUUCCCCCUACCCAAGGACAGUGGGCUCCCACGGAUCAUCUUGCAGUGCCUGACUGCAAUGAUCCACCUCCUGCACUUCAGCAACCCCACAGAGCGGCAGGUGGAGAUCAAGACUAUACUGGAGAGCUACUUCCAGCUUCUCAACUGGAACCGGCCGCUUAGCAGUGACCAGCAAGACAGGCAGACCUGGGAGGACAGCCUGAUCUCCCUCCAGAGCCAAAUGCUAACUGCUGUUCCUGAGAUCCUGCAGUGCUCCGACAGACCAGUCCUGCAGGCUGUCUUUCUCAACAAUAACUGCUUUGAACACAUCCUGAGGCUCAUUCAGAACAGCAAGCUCUUUCAGAGCAACAGGCAUAGGCCGGAGCGUGAGGUUGUGUGUGACCUCACUACACGUUUACUCACAGAGGUCGAAGUGGACCAGGUGUGGGAGAAAGGAUCAGACAGUAUUACAGUUCAUGCUUUAGGAGUCCUCACUGCUAUAAUGAGUAACUCUCCCUCUGCAAAGGAGGUUUUCAAGGAGAGGAUAGGCUACUCCCAGCUGUUUGACGUGCUCAAGAGUCAAGGUCAACCCACCAAAAGGCUUCUCCAGGAGCUAAUGAACAUGGCAGUGGAGGGAGAACAUGCCCACGCACAUCAUUUGGGCAUCAGUAAUGACCAGCCUUUGCUGCUGCUCCUGCAAUGGCUGCCUGACCUGUUUGGUCAGCGGGACCUUCAGCUGCUGGUGGCUCAGUGGCUCGCUGCUGUGUGUGGUGGCUCCUUAUCCUGUCGCACCGUGGCUGUGGAGGCAGGCAUGGUGGGGGCUCUGCUGCAGGUACUCUCGCAGCCACAAUGUCUGGACAGGCAGUGUGCAGACGCCCUGCUGGGACUGCUGCAGGACUUGGGUUCUCUGUGUCUGAGACCAGAGGAGCUGAAGAGCCUGCUUAGACUGCUCAGGGUGGAUCAAGACAAUGCUGCAGUGGUAGGGAGGGUGCACCCCUACUGCACUCGAAUCAUCCGGGUGCUCUCGACCAUGGCAGCGAGAGAAGGUCAGGACAGUGCCUUGCAGUACUUUGAUCUUACACCCCCCAUGGCAGGUAUUAUGGUGCCCACAGUCCAGCGCUGGCCAGGAAGUGGCUUUGCCUUUCAUGCUUGGCUCUGCCUCAAUAUGGAGUUCCGCUCCUGUCACUCUGACUUUAACAACCGUAAACCUCCUGCCAACUCUGGCAUAGGAGCUCAGCAUGACAUGGGAAAAGGACCACGGAGAAAGCAGCUGUACAGUUUCUUCACAGCAAGCGGAACUGGGCUGGAAGCCUUCUUCACCAUGGAGGGUGUGCUGGUUGUGGCUGUUUGCACUAAGAAAGAUUACAUGGCUGUCGCAUUGCCAGAGCACCCACUAGCUGACUCAUGCUGGCAUUCAGUGGCUAUAGUCCACAUCCCGGGCCGUCGUCCUUUUGGCCAGAACCUUGUCACCAUCUACAUCGAUGGAGAGCAACGCAAAACUGCUCAACUUCGCUUUCCAUCUUUCAGUGAGCCUUUUACCUCCUGCUGCAUCGGCUCUGCGGGCCAUCGAACCACUACCACCACUACCUCCCCCAAUCUGCCUACAACCUCGUCCUCCAGCCCAUCGCCUGAGUUUGCCUUCCCUGCCCAUGCCCCCUCCCUCAUGCGUUCCCAGUCCUUUCCGGCCUCCUUUGCUGGAGGUCGCUGGGGGUCUUUCGGUGACUCCCCAGUGCACACCAUCCCAGCGGGACUGCAGGAUACAGAAUGGGGAACACCCACAUCUCUAGAUGGACUCCUGGGCACUGCCUUCCUUUGCCAUGAGGCUCUCCAGCAAACUCACACAAGAGCUCUAUAUGCUGCAGGCCCCAACCACGUGUCCUUAUUCAAAGCGGAUGGAGAGAUAUCUGAUCUGAACAGCAAACUUCUGCUCUACUACACUCCACAGGCCUUCAAGAACCAGAUAUGUCUGGAUCUGUCUCCCAACCACCAAUAUGAUGGCAGGCUGACAGGACAUAGGGUAGUGAACUGGGACAUCAAGGAUGUUGUAAAUGUGGUAGGCGGUAUUGGGGUUUUGUUGCCCCUGCUGGAGCAAGUAUGUGACGCCGAGCAGGUUUACAAUGGUGGUCAAGAGAUCUCAGACCUGCUCGGACCUGAGCUCACUUCCCCUCGAGGUCCCAGCAUGCUGCUGCCACUGAACAAGUCUGCAGAGGGCAGACUGGAGAGAAACAGCAUUGCUGCCUUCCUGCUUAUGGUGAAAAACUUGAUUCGUCAUCACCCUGUUAAUCAAGAGAGCCUGCUGCAAAGCCACGGGCCGAGCAUCAUAGGGGCCUUGGUCAGCAAAGUUCCAGGCAGCAUGAUGGACAUGAACGUUUUGAUGGCAUGUCAGCUGUUGCUGGAGCAGGUUUUCAAUGAAGGCAACAGCCCACUUCUGCAGCAACUCUACCAGCACCUGCUCUUUGAUUUCAGAAUCUGGAAUAAAAGCCAUUUUGCCGUUUGUCUGGCUCAUGUCCAGUACCUGUCAUCUGUGAUAAACAAAGGCAAGCAGCGCCUGAAGAGGAAGUAUGGGGUUCAAUACAUUCUGGAUACCAUUCGCACAUACUACAGUGUGGAGAAAGAUGGCAGCGGUCUGUCUGAUGAGAAGCAGACAAUUCAGACUUCUCUGUUCAACUUGCUGAAAGACUUUCUCAAGUCUCCUACGCCAGAGGAACUUCACAGUGUCCUUGCCUACAUUCUCACUGUAGGGGAGGAGCAGCAGGUGGUGAGGGCCUUGGACAUCCUGUACGAGCUUUUGCGGAGCAGCCCUCCUCGUGAGCAGGUGCAGACCGUACUGCUGGAGUCAGGCGUGGAGCAGUUUUACAGUUUGCUGCUUACCCAGAGCUUUGGAGACGAUGCCAGAGAGAGGGUCUUCAGGGUCCUAUACAAAAUCCUCAAGAGUGAGCGAGUGUCGGAGCGCAACAAGCAGCGCAUUAAGCUGAAGGAUUUUGGCUAUCUUGGACUGGUAUGUUGCCUCGAAGCCAUUCCCGUAACCAUGACAACCGUGCGAUGUCUUUACGAGCAGGUCCUUGCUACAGAUCCGAACCCUAGCUUCAGAGACCUUCUGGCUGUGAUCUGUCUGUCCCAUCAAGCUGAGCUCACUGUUCGUUUGGAUGUCUGUCGCAAGCUCUUUUAUCUGAUCUACUCCAAUGAGGAUUAUGUGAAGCAGCUCGCUAAACACCCUGGCUGGCAGGAUGUUCUCACCAAGCUCUAUGUAAAAGAGUCCUAUGAAUCCCAUGCUGCCAGCCUUGCAGGCUCCAGCAUCCACAGUUCCUUUGAGCCAAACUACAGGCCUCCACUGCGCAGGGAUCAGUCCCUGGUCAUCGAGGACUCUCGCUCAGAAGUCUUCCUGAGCUACCACAACUCACAGGACAUCGAGGACGAGGACGCGGAGGAUGAAGGUGGCCAGCGGGACAUCUCAGAAGGAUUCUCUGAUUUAUCCCAGUCGCCUCCUAGUGGAGGUGGAGGCACGCUGAAGAACUUCAGGGGCUCCCUCCAUUUCAAGUCGUUUGAUUCAGUGGACCAGGAGAGUCACUCAUCUUCUCUCUCCAAUGCUGUUGACAUCACUUCGUAUCGCCUCGAUGAGGAGGGGAGAGACUACCAGCCUCUUUCCCCCUUUGGUUCACCCUUUGAUUUAGAGCUAAGCGGUGUGGGAGAGACUGGCUCACAUACCCCUGCAGGUAGCCUGACAAACACACCAUCCCCUCUGGAGCACUGCAAACCUUUUCCACCGCUCAGACCCAGGAAGAGCUCCAGUCUAUCAAAUGUGCUGGAUGACACCAGCUAUGGGACAGACCCUCCAACUGGAGACACAAUCUCUAAUACGUCCAACCCACAGCAGACCCCAGAGGAGGAGCUGUGCAACCUGCUCACAAACAUCAUCUUCUCUGUGCUAUGGAGCGGCAGUGGGGCAGAUGGUGCCGGGGACGUUGUGUGGAGAGAAAGAGGACAGGUUUUCUCUGUUCUCACCAAACUGGGCUCAUCCUGCCAACUGGUCCGCCCGCCUGAUGAAAUCAAACGCAGUCUGUUGGAGAUGAUGCUGGAAUCGUCUUUGUCAGACCUGAGAGACGCCCAGGGAGUGUCUCUGCCUUUCUGUCCCAGCCUGGUGAGGCUCCUCAGGCUGCUGCAGGAUUUCCUCUUUGCUGAGGGAACAGACAAUUACACACUGUGGAGUGAAAAGAUCUUCGAGGGGGUGGUGAACCUGCUGGACAGGUUGCAGGCCUGGCACAGCACCCCCGGCAGCCCCGGGAACACCGAACUGAAGGAAAUGGCCCAGAUAGGCCUGCGUAUCAUCACCGGCUAUAUCCAACAGCAGCAAUCACAGGUGUGUGUGAUGGCCUUCGUGAAGCUCCACAGCCUGCUCCAGACAGUGUUGUGUCUGAGUUGGGAGGAGGUGUGCUUCCUGCUAGGGCAGCUUGGUGCCCCCUUGUGGCCGGGAGGUGUAAUGGAUGGCACCAACUGUGGGCACCCUGAGACUUUCUCCCAGCUAGUGCCCAUCGUGCGUACGCUGCUUGACCAACAUGCCGACCCUGUCACCGUCCAGAAGCUGCUGCCAAACCUACCAAUCACCAAUGGCAGCACCACCUUCGCUCAAGACCUGAAAGCUUACUGUCACACGCUGGAGUGGCAAGGAUUUUACCAGCAGCAGGUUCAGCCUACUAUGGAGCAGUAUAAACUGGACACAUUUGGGAGGAGCCAUGACAUCAUGUCCAAUUUCUGGAAUUCCUGUUUUGACGACCUGAUGAGUACGGCUUUUAAACGGGACAAAGACAGAUCAGACAGCAAAUCUAAGUUUCAGGAAGUGAUUGUUGAGCCCCACCAGAAGCGAGUCAGAAGUGAAAACAAUAGGUACUUCAGUUGUCAGAAGCAAAUCUCCAGCCAGCAGGGGGUGGUGUGGCAGCACUGGAAAGCUCUCCGCAGGCUUUUGACCAGUGAGAGAGGAGCAUGGGACAAGAGAGUUCAACCUGAGGUGAAGUGGAAAUUGUCCAAUGCAGAGACCUAUUCAAAGAUGCGUCUCAAACUUGUGCCCAACUACCACUACGACCCUCACAGUGAGGCCAGUGCCUUAAGGGACAACAUGGGAGCUGACAGUCCUCGGAGCUCUGAGCCUCUCCCAUUAGCUGUUGCCAAAGAAGCAAAAGUGAGCGACAUGGAGGACGAUCAGUUAGGUGAAGAGGACCUUGUCUUUCUGGAUGACAAGGCAGAGGGAGAGGAUGAGAGUCAGAAAGAAAAACUGGUUCUAUCAGAAGACUGUGAACUCAUCACCAUCGUGGCGGUCGUUCCAGGUCGUCUGGAGGUUACCACACAUCACCUUUACUUCUAUGAUGGCAGCAGUGAGAAAGAAGAGACAGAGGAGGGCAUCGGGUUUGACUUUAAGAGACCUCUGUCUCAGCUCAGAGAAGUCCAUUUGAGGCGCUACAACCUGCGACGCUCUGCAUUGGAGCUUUUCUUCAUAGACCAGGCUCACUAUUUCAUCAACUUCAGAAAGAAGGUACGAAACAAAGUAUAUUCAAGGAUUCUGGGGCUGCGACCUCCCAACCUGUUUUACUUUGGCUCCCGCUCUCCCCAAGAGCUCCUGAAGGCAUCCGGGCUGACACAGAAAUGGGUUUGCAGAGAAAUCUCCAAUUUUGAGUAUUUGAUGCAACUGAACACCAUUGCUGGACGCACUUACAAUGACCUGUCGCAGUAUCCUGUGUUCCCCUGGGUCCUGUGUGACUACACCUCUCCCACUCUGGAUCUUGAGGACCCGUCAGUUUUCAGAGACUUGUCCAAACCCAUUGGUGUGGUCAACCCUCGCCAUGCACAGAAUGUCAGAGAAAAGUAUGAGAGCUUUGAGGACCCAACAGGCACCAUUGACAAAUUCCACUAUGGCACACACUACUCUAAUGCAGCAGGAGUCAUGCACUACAUGAUCCGCAUGGAGCCCUUCACCACCCUGCAUAUCCAGCUGCAGAGUGGCAGGUUUGACUGUGCAGACAGACAGUUCCACUCGGUGGCAGCAGCCUGGCAGGCUCGCAUGGAGAGUCCAGCUGAUGUCAAAGAGCUCAUCCCGGAAUUCUUCUACUUCCCAGAGUUCCUGCAGAACAUGAAUGGCUUUGACUUGGGACAUUUGCAGAUAUCUCAGGACUCAGUGACGGAUGUUCUGCUGCCUUGCUGGGCCACAUCAAGAGAAGACUUCAUUAAGAAACACAGGAAAGCUCUGGAAUGUGAGCAUGUGUCAAGUCACCUCCAUGAGUGGAUUGACCUGAUCUUUGGCUACAAGCAGAGAGGAGAAGAGGCAGUGGAUGCACUCAAUGUCUUCUACUACUGCACUUAUGAGGGUGCAGUAGAUCUGGAUGCAAUUGCCAAUGAGACGGAGCGAAAGGCCCUGGAAGGCAUCAUCAGCAACUUUGGACAGACUCCCUGUCAGCUUCUAAAGGAGCCUCACCCUCCUCGUAUGUCAGCUGAGAAUGCAGCCAGGCGGCAGGCCCGCCUGGACACUCUGCCUCUCAAUAUCUUUGAUCAGCUCAAUAAACUACGACCAUUUGUGGAGGUGGUGAGUGACAGCCUUCCUCUGGUCCAGGCCGUGGUACCAAAGAGCCAGACUCGCUCCUUCAUCAUCCAGGGCUCAGAUAUACUGGUGACUGUGGGCUCAAAUGGUUUAAUAGGAACACACAGCUGGCUGCCAUAUGACAAGAGCAUUGCCAACUACUUCACCUUCACUAAGGACCCCUCUAUGACUAAUCCAAAAACACAGCGUUUCUUGAGCGGACCUUUCUCUCCUGGCGUGGAGAUAAGCGCUCAGGUCCUGGUGGUGUCCAAUGAUGGACGUCUGCUGUUUAGUGGAGGACACUGGGACUGCAGUCUCCGCGUCACCCAACUGGGCAAAGGCAAGCUGGUGGGCAGGAUCUGCCGGCACAUUGAUGUUGUCACUUGCUUGGCUCUGGAUCUUUGUGGCAUCUACCUCAUCUCUGGUUCAAGGGACACAUCCUGUAUAGUGUGGCAGGUUCUACAGCAGGGUGGCUUCUCCAGUGGCUUGUCUCCUCGGCCGGUGCAGGUCCUCUGUGGACAUGACCAGGAAGUCACCUGUGUAGCCAUUAGCACUGAACUGGACAUGGCUGUCUCAGGGUCAAAGGACGGGACGGUGAUAGUGCACACUGUCAGACGAGGCCAGUUCCUACGAACGCUAAGGCCUCCAGGUGACAGCUGUGUGCCUGCUGAAAUCUCAGAGCUACAGGUGGGCAUGGAAGGCCACAUUGUGGUACAGACCUCGCUAGAAGAACGCCCUAAUCGGAAGGGCAAGUACUCCAUUCAUGUUUACUCAGUUAACGGCUGUCUGCUGUCUUCCGUCACCAUGGAGGAGCAAGUGACUGCUCUCCACUUGGUGUCUGAAUACAUCAUCCUGGGCACCAUGAAGGGAAGCCUCCACAUUAGAGAUUUAUGCAGCCUGGAUGCUGCUGUGACGCCUCUGGCCUUGAAGGUCCCUGUGAGGAGUGUGUCUGUCACCAAAGAGUGCAGCCACAUUCUCGUAGGACUGGAGGACGGAAAGUUAAUUGUGGUGGGGGCAGGGAAGCCAGAGGAGGUUCGCUCAGGACAAUUCCCUCGUCGCCUUUGGGGCUCCACACGCCGCAUCUCUCAGGUGUCUGCAGGUGAAACUGAGUACAAUCCCACUGAGAAUGCUGGCAAAUGAGAUGAGCAAUGGCGGAUGAACUCUGAGAACUCUGAAACUGCUGCACCGCCAAGAUGCUCACCAGACUCAUUAUGGCCUUCCUUUACAAGCUAGGAAACUAUCCUUAUCAGCCACUGAUCUCUCUGAGAGAGUGACUAUACACUGAGCACUUUUUUUAUUCUUAAAUGAGUUGAUUGUUUUAUUACGUAUUUCAUUAACAGUUGUGCACUGUUUUAAAUCAGCAUCAUUCCAAAGAGUGGCCUUGUUUUGUAGAUGGAGGAAUCUCAGCCUUUGAGGUUGUGAACUGCUGUUGGACUAUAUUCAGUGAGUCAUAUUUCAGGGGUGUGACUCACGCUGAUGCACACACAGCCUCAGACACAGAGAAAAGUAACGCUGUGAACUCCCCAGGCUCCAUGUUCUUGACUCUUUGUUUUAUUUUUUGUCAGUCCCUGUGCGGUUGAAUGUUCCAAAGCCAUUGUUUGGCAAUGGCACCUUCUUAAAACUCCUGGAAACUUGAAAACUACAGUAGACAUUGCUCGAGAUUUCCACAUUGCAAUACUGUUGAAUACCACAAAAGGGUUGACUUUGUAAAGACAGACACAGAGUAAUCUGCUGUGUCAGGAUUUGCUAGUCUUUGCACCAGAAAUGCACCACAGUACCACAGUGUAUAAUUCUGCAUUCCUUUAGGCUCUGAGAAAUGUAAAACUGUUACAAUUAAAGCAAUAACUGCUUUAAUGGUCAAGUAUGUGAAAUAUGUUCACUUUUUAUGACUGUGGAGCUGGGAUGCAACGAAAUGCAAGAGGAGAGCCUUCUGUUGCUUUACACAAUGGAGUAAAUGUCUUUAUAAAUGCACAGUUGCUUCUGUAACUGUUUUGUUAUUACUGGUGUUCAACACACGACUAUAUAACUGUUUUAUUUGAUCUAAAAAGUGCCUUUUUAAGCUGGUGUCUGGAGCAAUGUAUAAACACUGAAUUCCAUGCAUUUCCAUGUAAGAUCACUAUGUGUCAGAUGUAUCCCUGUUGAUCUGUUUUAAACACACUGUACUAAUCUACUAUGACUCAGCUGUGGAUAAGAUGUUUUAAUGAACUUAGUAAACUGCCGGCUGGAUGCACAUGCUUGCCUGUAUUGGUAUUGUAGUGUUUGUGAGGCGCUGAAAACCUCUGAAGACACAAUGACUCUGAGACAUGUGAGCCAAGAACCUCUGAGUGAGCUUCAGAGGAAUUCACUUCCUGCCAAGCUUCUUUUACUGUGGUUGGGACAAAGUGGUUGUUAUGCAGUGUCAUGACGGGAGAGAGACAAAGGGAACUAUUUGGGUAAAUGCGAUACUCAUAACAUACUGCACACAUACAAAUUACCUAAAGUUUGUACAUGAUACUCACAAUAACUAAAGUGCAAGCAAGUGGACAAUAAAUUAUUUAAGAUGUACUGAUCAAUACAUGGGAAUAUAUGAAUACAGCAUAUUCAGGCUGUCUUAAAAAGUCACAUUUAAUGUAAUACAGUGUGAUAUAUGUGUCUUCUAAAGUGCGUUUGGAGCCGUCUGCUGAUAUAAAGGAUUGUUUGCAGAAGCGGCUGUUCUAAUACACAUUUGAUAAUCAAGUUUGUAAUUCAUGUAACACUGCUCUGUUUUGCUCUAAAUGUUAUGAAUGUAAUAUUUUACUUAACUAUGCAGUGAUGCUCAGAGCCUCUGAAUUAAUCCAUUGAGCUUGUAAUAGACUUUCUUUCAGAAUAGGGUCUAUACAAAACUUAGGUUUAAAUACAUGUUGUAUAUUAUGUAUCUGAUACAAAUUGUUGUUCACUUGCCCUGAUUUAGACUUAAAUAAUCACUCAAAAGCCUUAAGGCCAGCACUGCCUUGAAUUUGGACUUGAUCCAUUUCUCUUU